CGCACGCCCAGCCUCUGAAUAAUGAUAAUAAUGAUCAAGAUGGCUACUUCACAAUCCUCCUUGCGGUAGCUAACCACCAAUUUCAUGGAAGCACUCAAAACUGCGAUUUUCCUCUGUUUAAGUCCCUCGUAGGCGACGGGGGCCGUGCCGCGGGUCGCACUAUAUGGAUUGAACCGGGCGGAGAGGAGAUAAAAGUCAUUGUGUCGCCUGCAGCACUCAUUCCGAGGAGGCUAACUAGCGGAGCAACUAGCUAGCUGUACUUGUCGACCAUCUCCGGUGCAGCUCCCCAGCCAGCGGCGGCUCAGAGGAGCGUGGCGCUCCGCGUUUUGUGUGCCCGCUCGUCUGACGGAGAGCGUCAAAUGGCAGAGCCGAGGAAAGUGCCGUUCGUCACCAUCUCGUCCUUCAACGCCUCGCCGUCGACCCCGGAGUCCAGCAAGAAGCGCCGCCGCGAAGACGAGGUCGUCGACAUCACUUUUGGGAAAGAUGGAGGUGGAAGUGUCGCGGCGGUCGGGUCAGGAGGUGGCGGGGGUCCGUUCGGCAACGCGAAAGGAGGCGACGCCGACACCGAGGAGAGGAAACCCACCGUCCGCCUUAACCUUCCGCUGACCGAGCCGAGCGACCGGAGCUCCUCCGAGUUCAACUACGGCGAGCUGGUCCACUCAACUGUUUCUCAGGUAAAGACUGCAAGUUCCACAGCACCUAAAGGACUCACUCCUCCGCUGGACCCCAACGACCCCUUCGCUGAUGAUGACAAGGAGAGACGGGAGGUAGAAGCGCUGGCCAGGAAAUUUGAGAACAAAUACGGCGGUACGACAAAGAAGAAGAAAAAGGACAGGAUGCAGGAUCUCAUUGACAUCGGCUACGGCUAUGAUGAGACCGACCCUUUCAUAGACAAUUCAGAGGCUUAUGAUGAGCUGGUGCCAGCGUCUCUCACCACAAAACAUGGAGGCUUCUACAUCAACACAGGCACUCUGCAGUUCAGACCUGCAUCCGACUCAGAGGGAGAAAACGCAGGCACAGACGAUAAUCACUUCAAGAAGAUGAAAGAUGGUGAAGAGCGAGUGAUUAAAAAGCGACGGAAAAAGCAAGAUGGUGGAAUUCUGGAGGACAAGAAACUCAGAAAAAAUAAAGUUCCAAAGCCAGGAGUUUCAGCUUUGAAUGUCCACCGGCCUGAAAAGAAAAAGAGGAAGAAGCUAAUGAAGGACUCCCUCCACCUGGCCAACAUGCUGCGUCGCUUCACCAGGGAGAAGGAGGAGAUGCGCAAGAAGAACCUGGCUGCUGCCGGCCUGCCACGACCCAACGCCAAAGUGCCCAACACCAACAGUGCGCUCCUCAACGCCCACCCCAAGGCUGCCAGCGGCAACGACUGUAACAUGGCCGACCUCACCGCCGACCAGGCCGUGAUGUCGCUGCUGGGCUCAGCCAACAACGACGUGCUGCAGGACAUGAUGGGGGACCUGGACUUCGGGAUGCUGGACUCGCCUCAGCCCUCCAGUCCUGCGCAGGGAGAGAACGGCUCCUUUGGGAUGGGACAUAAAACGGGCGGUAACAGAGUGUCGCAGGGUGGCGUGAUGACCCCUCCUCCUCUGCCCAGCGGACUUCCGGGCCCACUCACCAAGCGCAUUGAAGACCUAAGAGCGGCAUCCCGUCUGUUCGAUGAGGAGGGCAGGAAGAAGUUCUUCACACUGGACAUGAACAACAUCCUCCUGGACAUCGAGUUGCAGGUUCAGGAGCAGCCUGCAGAGGUGCGUUCAGCCGUUUACUCUCACCUGGAGGCCUUUGUGCCCUGCAAUAAAGAAGCUCUGCUCAAACGCCUUAAGAAGCUCAGCCUCAACAUACAGGAUGAUCGACUUCGAACGCCCCUGCUGAAGCUGAAGCUGGCAGUGUGCAGCGUGAUGCCGGAGCAGAUCGCUCGAUACAACAUGGACUGCAUUGCUAAAGUGGCAAAGCAGCAGUCUGAGGAGGGAGAGAAAAAUGGGUCAGAGGAUGAUGAUGAGGAGAAACCAGGGAAAAGGGUGAUGGGGCCUCGAAAGAAGUUUGUCUGGGACGACAAACUCAGGACGUUGCUGUGUAACUUGGUGCGGGUGAAGCUCACCUGCUACGAGCUGGAAGGCAAGAACUCGCUGUCUCUAGAAGACUACCUCAAAGCCUUCAUGGAGACUGAAGUUAAACCUCUCUGGCCUAAAGGAUGGAUGCAAGCCAGGAUGUUGUUUAAAGAGAGCAUCAUGGCUCACGGUCAUCUCACAGGCUACACAGCAAAGAAGAAGAUGGUCUCUACUCCCAAGGCCAAGCCAAAGGAGACUGUGUGGGUUCAGCGGUCGACGCCGUCAGCGGGGGCGACUCCCUCCCCUGCUGCCCAGGUUGCCAAGCGACCACCUCACUCACCGUCGGAGCCCAUAUGUCUGGAUUCCCUCGACGAGGCUCCCUCCUUGGACUCGAUCUCUCAGGCCCUGGCCAUCCUCGGCAACGCAGCCAAGGGCCUGGCCCAGGGGGACAGCCCCCCGUCCCCCGAUGGACCCAAGACCACCACCAACCCCUCCACCCUCCACGCCUCGCCAAUCAUGCAGCAUCAGAAAAAGAACUCUGUCAGCACUCCCAGCUCCAAUGCACCUCACUACAUCUCUACCUCUUCGUCUUCCUCCACCUCCGUGUCUCGGCCUUCCUCCAUCACGUCCUCUCCUCUGCCCUCAGUGAGGGUGGAUGCGAUGGGGGUUGUUAAGGGGACCGCGCAGGCGCACAGACACUCAGUUUUGAACACUCAGAGACCUUUGGGUGUGGGUGUGACUAAAGCCAACAUGCCUGCCUCAGUGUCCCCCCCUAAGCCACGUCCUCCACCCACUGCAUCCCCGCUAGUGGCCCCAGGAUCAAAGACGGGGGUCUCCGCUCCCCCUUCUGGCCUCCUCAAAGGCAGCAAUAAUAAAGCCAACAGCGGCGACGCUCACAUCAUCACAUCGCCUCAAUCUCGGCCUCACACCCUCUCAUCAACCUCCUUCAUGACCCCCAAAACCUUCCUGACGCCUCGCCUGCCCCAGACCCCACAGAGUAAAUCCUCCCCCUCUCUCAUCCAGACACUCCCCACUGUUCAGCCACAGUCUAACUUCAUCACCCCUAUGCACGCCACCCUCACCAAGUCCACCCACAGCAGCAUCCCACCCAUCGUUAAGCUCACUCCUCGCACCCCCAACCCCAUCGUCACCACCUCAGCCUCACCUUCAAUUUCUCCCAGGUCUCAGGCAACCCUCUCCAUACACCAGUACUCCGCCAAAAGCCCAGCAGGGUUCCGCCCGCCGUUCUCAGGUGCCCAAGGAGGAGCGACCAAGCCGGGGCAAGGCAGCUACACUCCUCCAGGCAGCCAGAAGACCCCUAACAACAACAGCGCCACCAACACCAGCCUUAUUAACACCUCAUCCAUAAACAAGCAUUCAGGAUCCAGUGCCUCCCCCGCAGCAGCCUCUGCUACCCCAGGCCAGCGUCAGAGGCCCGGGGGUGGGACACCUCAGGGGGCCAAGCCAGUCGUGUCUGUCCCAUCAUCAUCCGUCUCGUCUCAGUUACCACAGGUCUCCACGGCAGGAAGUGGCAGUCUGCUCAGCUCAGCCUCGUCUCUUCCCCUGGGGUUCGGGAUGCUGGGAGGCCUGGUGCCUGUCUCCCUGCCCUUCCAGUUCCCCUCGCUGUUGAGCCUGCCUUCACUGGGCACAGGAGGCUCCAGUACCGCAGCCAGCAGCUCCGCAGCCAGUAGCAACGCACCGUUCUCCACCCUGACCCAGAAUCUGUAUAAGAGUCUCCAGUCAGGGUCUCAGGUUGCUCUGCCUCCUCACUUGCAGCUCGCUUUCUCAGAUGUCAGUCAAAACCAGGGAGGAGAUGCUAAGAGGAAGACUCUAUGAUCCGGCUGGAUUUCAUCACCCAGAUGUUGGGACAAAUCAGGACGGACGAGGCAUAGUAGAAGUCUCAAACACACACUGAGCAUCGCUUCAUCUGAGAACUUUCACCAAUACCACAGCUCAAUAUAACUUUUUUAAAACAAUUUGAUAACUUUUCAGUGCUAUUCUUCAUAGAACUGUUAAAGAAACGACAGCUGUCAAUGUUUACAAGAUAGACCUAUAUCACUGUGGACGGAGAGGACGAAUGAGUGGGAUUUCUAGGUGUGUGAGGGUGUGUGUGUGUGUGUGUGAGUGUCUGAAGCUGUUUAGUUGGCGGGACUGUGUGCCUUUUGUCUGAUGUCUCCCUCUCUGAUGCAUGGUCAGUGUGUCUAUUUGGUGCUGUUUUUAUCAUAAUGUAAUUAUCACUGAUACCUGUAAGAAAUGUAAACUGCAAAUUGUUGAAUUUGAGCUUUUUUUUUUUAAAUGAGAGCUGUACACAUUUUCAUUGUGCUUGGAUUCUGGAAUGAAUUCUUUUCUGUAUAGAACUCAAGCUGACUUUUAAUUAAAAUCUUUCCCUUGAACA